AUUACAAUCGCCUCUCACCAAACACACUUACAAGCACACCCAAAGCAGUAAUUGAAAGACCCCCACGACCAGUACGAUUAAUCACAAACAACUACGACCUCACAAAUUCCUCAACCCGUCCGACUGUACCACCCCAUAGCGCUCAACUCAAUCUCCUCGCCUGGUUCUGCAAUUCGUUUCUCGUCCACUCUGCAAACAGCUUCCACAGCCAACAAGUCAGUUCCCAAAGAGCUUCAACACCACAACUUCAGGGGGCUCUUUCAACCUUGUCAACUGAUCUGUAUAACUUUGCUUUGUCGGAAUGGAUAACCUGUGGACUCGCCGUUCAAAGUAAGCAGUUUCUUGUGAAUAGUUCAUCUUGAUGUAUCUGGGCGCAGAAUUAAUUCUGGGGGAUCAAUAGCACCAGCAAACUCUCUCUGUCCACAGGAGCGCCAACAAACGGUGCGCCUGUCUCCAACGAUCAUGCUUCCCGAACCUUCCCCCUUGGUAAACGAAACGGCGAUACCUCCUCCCAAAGCAACAAGAACCCAUUCAGCUCGAUGUCCCCUGCCGCCACCUCUGUCGCUUCUCCAACUGGUGCGUCCAGCGCAUUUGGAUUAGGAACUGGCGCAUUUGCUUCUUUUGGCUCUUCUAAAACUCCGAAAACACCUGGGGGAGUUUUGGAUUUUGGCAGUGUCAUAGGAGGAGCAGGAAAAACACCCACGGCCGAGAAGCAGAUGAAGGAUCUGGCUUCCAAGCCCUCAAAAGUAUCCAUGGCAGAGCCGAAGUCCAGUUCUCCUCAAUCGCACACAUUAAGACAUAGCUGGGUCCUCUGGUAUAGACCACCAAUCUCUAAGUCGAAUGGGUUUGUAGAGUAUGAGAAAACCUUGAAUCCUCUGGCAGCUUUUGAUACAGCAGAGGAUUUCUUUGGCGUUUACCACCACCUUAAGCGACCCUCAACCUUACCACUCGUUUCCGACUACCACAUAUUCAAGAAGGGUAUUCGUCCAGUCUGGGAGGAUGACGAGAAUAGAAAGGGCGGAAAGUGGAUUGUACGUUUGAAGAAGGGAGUGGCGGAUAGGUACUGGGAGGAGUUGAUUUUUGCCAUGGUUGGGGACCAAUUCGCAGAAGCAAGCGAGGAGGUUUGUGGAGCUGUCCUGAGUGUGCGAAAUGGAGAGGACAUCCUAAGUAUCUGGACCCGCAAUGAUGGUGGAAGGGUUCUCAAAAUUAGGUACAUACGCCCUCUCCACUCCGUCCAGUCGCAUCCAUCGAGCUAAUAAACUUUUUAGAGAGACUACCAAGCGCAUUCUCGGCUUUCCACCGGAUACCAAGGUUGAAUGGAAGAGCCACGAUUCCAGCAUCCAACAACGUACAGCUAUAGAUGAUGCGCGAAAGGAUAAAUCCAACCAGCACAACAACUAUCAUGCCUCCCCAGCCAGUUCCCGACAUAAGGACAGCGAUCAUUCUCACUCCAGCAUGAGCGAUAAGAAGCCAACUUUAUGAUGAUAGAUGUGGGAGUAGUUUGUUUGGUCGCUUUGACAUGCUAGACAUUCUCUCUUCUUUUUUCUUCAAAGGAAGAAAUGCCUUCUUGCAUUUGUACCAGUAAUUUGGAUUUUGCAUUAUUUGGUAGGAACAAAAAUCAAGAAAACGUAAUGAAUUACGUUUUCGUGUGUGAAGGGACACCACUUUCUUCUUCUAUUUUCACAUGCAACGCAGGGAUGGGAGCGAGUGUGUUGUUUGGGUUUUUGUGUGAAAAAUUCUGUAUCAUACAUAGGACUUUGCUAGGGAGCAAGCAAGCAAGCAUACUUGAUGGAUGUUUACGCUUUUGAUCAUUAGGAUCUCUGAAUUGAAUCUAGC